GAAGAGAUGGCCCAACCACCUCAAGAGAAGAGAGCUCGCAUGGAGGAUGCUCCACGCUCCCAACAGCGGAGAAGACAAGCUCGCCGCCCCUCGCCAAUGAGAUCCGAGACGACUCGGUCCACCAGCUCCACCAGGGACGAGGACCCAAUGCCGGUGACCAAACUCUGCCGACUGAUGGGCCAACUCCUGAUCCGACACGAGGAUUCUUUGAACUCGGUUUCUAUGCAGGACUCGUUUGUGAUGUUCUUCCAACGGGGCAACUCCGGAGCAGUGCCCUUGCUGCUCAGAGCAGCAAAUCAAUGGCGAGACCUACCACCAGAUCAGACACAGAUGCCCCUAAGGUCGUACCUUCUACAAGCCAUCCUCAACGAGUUGGUCUCGAGGUUCCAGAAUUUUUAUCAUCAACUCGAAGAUCCUGGCACGAAGGCAGCGGCAGUCAAGAGUCUGACCGUUUUGGAGGACUUGAGCUUUCCGUACUUGAUGUGGCAUGCUCAGCAGCAAAAAUUGGUGGUCAGUCAAACUGCAUCCAUCUCGUGGACGACGAUGGAGUCGCAUCUGGGGCUACUUCAACAGGAACGACUCCCUGUCCAGCGUGAUGAGGCAAUUGACGGGGUCGUCCCUUUGGCAUCUGAUGGGGGCUCGGAUGAAACAACACGGCCUGCAGAGGAGCAAAAUCGCUCAGGACAUCCAGGACAUCCUCCACCCUCGCAAGGGGAGGCAAUGAAGCACCAAUGGAUCAACCAGCUCCUGGUCAUGCAAUGUGCCAACACCGCCAAUUGGCGCUAUGCCAAUGCAGGCCUGGUCACCAUGUUUUGGUCCUUGCUCCACAGCUCGUCCUUCGAUGAGUACACGUUUCGAACUGCAUGGGACGCAGUUCAGGGGUUGCUACAAUCCGUGACAGCGGAUGAGCCGGUGGUUCUGGCCAGUCAUCCUUGCCUGGCUGAGCUUUUUGAGGGAACACCUCAUGGGGAGCAGCGUGACAUUGGUGAGUUCAUCAGUGAAGCGCUGCUGUGGUGCAAAUCUUCUCGCUUGUCCCAAGCAUGGGAGAGGCGCUUUGAGGCAUCCGGAAGUUUGUGCUGCUAUGAAUCUGGCAGUGAUUUUCAGCCCAUCGCCCUA